UGAGUUUCUUACUUCAUGGUGUAGAUCGUAACCUUUGAAUGAAGUAAUAAACUGUUAGGAUGGUUGAUGAAUCGACGAAGAAAACUUUGAGUAAUAUACCUUUGUUACAAACGAAAGCCGGACCUAGAGAUAAGGAUUUAUGGGUGCAAAGAUUGAAAGAGGAGUAUCAAGCUCUCAUUAAGUAUGUUAAAAACAAUAAAGAGGCAGACAAUGAUUGGUUCAGGCUGGAAUCAAACAAGGAAGGCACCAAGUGGUUUGGCAAGUGUUGGUACAUCCAAAAUUUCUUGAAAUAUGAAUUUGAAGUAGAAUUUGAUAUUCCUGUUACAUAUCCUAUGACAGCACCUGAAAUUGCUUUACCAGAAUUAGACGGUAAAACUGCAAAAAUGUACAGAGGUGGCAAGAUUUGCCUCACUGAUCAUUUCAAACCAUUAUGGGCUCGCAAUGUCCCCAAAUUUGGCAUUGCUCAUGCUAUGGCUCUUGGUCUGGGGCCAUGGUUAGCAGUUGAGAUCCCAGAACUUAUAGAAAAAGGUAUUGUAGUUCAUAAGGAUGAAGAGAAGAAAUCCUGAAUAUAAUAUAUAUAUAUAGGAAGCAAACAAUUCUUCAGCAGAGUACAUUUAUGAAAACAGUAAGAAAAUAUAAUUGUUGAUAAGUAAUAAGUUAUUUUUUAUGCUUAUCAUUUAAGAGGAUUUACACUACGUUUUAUAUUUUACACAUGAUAGAGUAUUUACAUUCAGCGCGCAAUCAAUAAAAAGCUAUUUAUCAUC